AUAAAAUAGUUUUUUAGAAUAAAAAUUGUGCGUAAAUUAUAUGAAAUGAAAAUGUUAAUAACAAUUGGUUUUUCUCUUCUGCUUCAAUUUGCGGCUUGCAUAGACUACGAUGGGUGGUUAAAUAUCAAAAUUCAACAUUCACUCAAUUGUAAUGGUGAAAAAUACUGCACCAGGGGAAAUAUUUCUUUAAAGAGUUUAAGAGCUGGAGCUUCUAUAAUAGAACAAAUACCGUUUCAACAGCAACAUAUAAAUGAAUUAAAGGAAUUAGCAGACUUUGAUGGUUUUUACACUAUAAGGUCUUUAGUAACAGCAGCAGAUACCAAAGAAACAGAAUUUUUUUCUUCAGUUAAAGCUAAAGCUUUUCUAGAAAAUGGACUGACAGAUGUUAUAAAUGCUUGGGUACUACCUAAUGGAGCAGUCAUAGCAGUUAGCUUCCAAGUUAAUAACUCAUCAGAGUAUCAAUUCCCGCAAAGUGUGAAUAAUGAAUAUAAAAUUAAGUCCAACUUCUACUUGCGCCAUGUGGAGCCAGCUGUAACACCUGAUACGGCUUCAUACAUACAAAAACUUGAACGUGAACGAGAAGCUAGAGAAAAGGGAGAGUUGAAAGACAAUAGAUCAUUUUUAGCUAAAUAUUGGAUGUACAUAGUCCCCAUUGCCAUCUUUGUGAUGAUCUCAGGAGCAACAAAUCCUGAGGGUCCAGCGCAGCCAGCACGCUAAAUUUCAAUAUAUUAUGUUUUUCAUAACAAUAGUUAUUUAUU